AUGGUCAGCAAAGCCGAUAAUGAUGCGCUCGAGUCGCAAUUCGAGUCGCAAUUCCAAAAGCCCGGUGAUCUGGUGGAGCGUGAUGAUGACACAGGACUCAUGGAAGUUGAGUCUCUUUGCAUGAACUGUCAUGAGCAAGGAACCACUCGCCUCCUCCUCCUUCGUGUCCCCUACUUCCGCGACAUUAUCCUGGAGAGCUUUGAGUGCCCUCACUGUCACUUCAAGGACAACUCCGUCAAGUCAGCUGGCCAAAUCCAGGAGCGCGGCGCGAAGUAUACUCUGAACGUUGAAAAUGAGCAAGACAUGGCCCGCCAAGUCAUUCGCAGUGAUCUUUCAAUCUUCAAGCUUGAGGACCUCGGCAUCGAGAUGCCCCGCGGCGAAUCACAGCUUACCAACGUUGAAGGAGUCGUUCAACACAUCCACGAGCAUCUUUCGGGAGAACAAGACCUUCGCAAAGAACAAGCCCCCGAGCUCCACGAUGCGCUCGUUCCGAUCAUCGCCAGUUUGAAGAAGAUCCUCGACCGCGACGGCGCUUUCCCCUUCACAAUUUCCCUGGAUGACCCCACUGGAAACUCGUGGAUCGCACCUAACACAACCGACCGUGGCAGCAAGUACACACGUCGUGAAUACCCUCGAACUCACGAGCAAAACGAGGAGCUCGGAAUUGCGGCGGACACACAGGCGGUCGAAGCUGAGAAGUCGCAGAUGGACUUCGGUAACCCCGAGGACCUUGACAUCGUCGACGGCCAGGUCUACACCAUUCCUGCUGAAUGCCCAGGAUGCAGCAAGGCCUGCAAGGUCAACAUCAAGAAGCUCAACAUCCCCUAUUUCAAGGAGGUCUUCAUUUGGGGUACAAACUGUGACGGCAUUGAUGAGGCCGAGUCUUUCGGCCAGGUUCCUCACGAUGGCUGUGGUUACCGUAGCAGUGAAGUCCGCACCGGUGGUGCUGUUCCCGAGAAGGGAAAGACCAUUACUCUUCGUGUCGAGAACAACCUCGAUAUGUCCCGCGACAUCUUGAAGUCUGACACAUGUCAACUUCAGAGUGAUGAUCUGGAUCUUUCCGUUGAGCCAGGUACUCUGGGUGGAAGAUUCACUACUGUCGAGGGAUUGCUGGUUGAAAUCCGCGACCAAUUGAAGGGAACUAUCUUCUCUGGUGUCGAUGAGACCACUGGAGGUGAUGGCAUGGCUUCUUCCGACAAGGAGACAUGGGAACGCUUCUUUAACCGCCUCGACCAAGCCAUUGCCGGUGAGCUUAAGUUCACCAUCACCCUGAAGGACCCCAUGGCGAACUCCUACGUGCAAGAUCUCUGCACCCCCGAAGUCGACCCUCAGAUUACCAGCGAGGAAUACACUCGAACUGAGGAAGAGGAGGAUGACCUUGGUUUCAAGGACAUGAAGACCGAGGGCUACGAGCAGGACGCCCAGACCAACGGCGAUGCCAAGGAGUAA